GCAAUUAGUGGCAGGUGUGUUGGUAGCUGGAGGAGCAAAUGUGUUUUUGACCAUCUACAUCUACAUCAUUACCAUCCCGUCGUCGCCAUUUGUUGGAAUUUUUCUUUGUCUUUAUUUUGCAUUUGGUUUCUUUAACAAGAGAAGAAUAAAUAAGGAAAAUAUGACUUGGACUAACUGUUUCAUUUAUCAUGUGGGGAACAAGUAGGCAUGGAUGAUGCGUCAACUGUAUACCUGGCUAUCGUACACCUCAGUGGCUUUUGGGAUAAUUUCGGCAGGUGAAACUGAGUAACUACAUUAAGUCAAAAACUUCGCUUCAAGUGGGACACUGGGAUGUUAAUGGACGCAAUUGUUCUUUGGACGAAGAAGCAACGUGGGAUUUCGCCGGCUUCAGAGGUGGUUUCCGAGGACGGGAUCGUCAGGUGAUUGAUCCGACGAAAUAAAGCGACAACCGGUUCAAAUUCAAGGCUUCGAUGAGGUACGUGAAGCGCUACCAACUUUAUGGCCAUGUUUGAAUGUGUGCACAUAACUUUGCGAUUGUAAUCCCAAUGCAUUUAUCGCUAAAAAAUAAACGUUAUCGGCACGAAAAUAAACUGAACUUUGUGAUAAACUGUGGCGUUUAUUUUGGACAAGCGUUAUGGAACAUAAUGAACUAAACAAGAACUUAAUGGACGAUGAUAAUGCGGAGCCUGUUGCAUUUACGGCGGCCCAAGGUGUGCUUAAUGAAAAUGUACGGUGGCUGAAAACCGCCAUUGAAGCAAAUACAAAAAAAAAAAAAAACCUGAAGCAUGCUGCAAAUAAAAAAAGAGAUGGUGUAGAUUAAAAAAAAAAGCCACAGCGGAGGUUAAUGAUGCAAAAAAAAAAAAAAAAAGUUAAGCUGCGAAAAUAAAAGGAUGCAAAUAAAAAAGCCACAACGGAAGUGAGCUGCCAAGAGUUUGUGCAGAGCAAUAGUCUGAAUAAAGUGCAACCUGAAUGUGAAAAAUGGUUGUUUUGUGUGAAGAAGCAAAAAAUGUGCAUGAUAUACUAGGGAUACAAUAGGGAUAAACAAGAAAGACAGUUUGCUGCAUAAAUGCUUGUAGAAAAGGGAUUCAUUUCUGAGGUUGAAAGUUGGUUAACAAACAGUGAUGAUGUGGUUGAUGAUGUUAACCCUGAUGUUCACCCUUGGGAUUUGUUGGAAUUUGUUUUUGUCUUUUAUUUUGCAUUUGGUUUCUUUAGCAAGAGAAGAAUAAACAAGGAAAAUGUGACUUGGACAAACUGUUUCAUUUACACGUGGGAGACAAGCGUUAACUGUAUACCUGGCUAUUGUACACCUUAGUGGCUCUUGGGAUAAUUUUGGCAGGCAAAAUUAAGUCACUACACUUAUUCUCGUCCAAAUAUCAUCAGAUAUUUAUAUAUUCCCAGAGUUUGACUUUGUUUCUAUCCUCUGUCUUUAACCCAUUUAGACCAGCCACAGAGUCGCUAAGACAGGAUCGAUAUCUGUCACUUCAGUUUGAGGUCAGUUUGGUUAAAUUCUGGGAGCACACUCACCUUUCUCCUUCAGGUAGGAGACCGUCUGAGAGACGACAGGGGGGAUCACAGCGUCUCUGUUCUUCUCUCUGAUGCUGCGGAGAAACAAACUUGAUUUAUCGACCAAUCAGGAGCCGGCUAAUCCUGAAAACAAGGUGGAUUUGUUGCAGGUCUUUGAUCAGCAGUAAACAGAUCAAUAACUCACUACUGCAGGCUGACACCAAACUGCUGUGUUGGGAGGGGGGGUCGAGGUGGGGGGGUCUUUACUGAAGGAGGGGGUCCGCCUUUCUGAGCAGCUCGAAGCUUUUCAUCGUGUCUGAACGAGGAGGGACAUAAAAGCACAGAAAUGAGGAAUACAACUGAUCAUUUUAAUCUUGAUUAUCGGCUUUGGGGUCAGAUAUGAACCUGACGACAUCGGACGGGAUGAUGAGCUGCUCGAAGUUCAGGUGUUCCCUCAGCUCAGCCAGGUAGUUCACGUACGACAGCUUCUUCCCAAACUUGUGACUAAAGGAAAACAGGAGAGAGAGAGAAAGUUCAGUGAGGGAGGAGACAGAGUGAGCUCAAACAGGUAAAACCAGUUCUCACCUUAUCAGAGGUUUGAAAAUGUUCCAGACGAUUCUGAUGAAGUUUGUGGGAUGGACGACGUACAAAGUCUUUAGAUUCUUCUUGUAUCUGUAAGAAAAACACACAUAAUAAGACGCACUCAGAGGAAGGCAGCGUAAUCACCCCGAUUCCCUCCCACUGGAUGCCCUUUUAAAGUGAAUACACCAUUACACAGUGCCCUCUCUGUGGCCCUUUUAGUGGAUUAAAGGUGUAGUAAGUACUCUCUAGAUGCCCUGAUUGUAAAGAAAAUGUAAACAAGUGGCCUCUAGAUGCUCUUUCUGUGUUUAAAAUGUCAAUUCAGUGCCCUUUGGAUGCAAUUCUAGAGGAUCAAAUGUAAAUCGAGUGUCCUCAGAAUAUCUUUUCAGGGGAUAAAUGUAAAUGAAGUGUCCUCUUGAUGCCAUAUCAACAACUAAAAUGUAAAAAGAGCAUUUCCCAUUUCAGUGGAUGAAUUGUAAAUUAAGAGCAGUCUUGCUGAAUUUUCAGUCAAUCAAAUGUAAAUUAAGUUCCGUUUAGAUGCCAUUUCAGUAGAUUAUAUGUAAAGAAAUGCCACCUAGAUGCCCUUUCAUCGGAUGAAAUCUAUUACAAUGCUUUCUGGACGGCCUUUCAGUGAAUGAAAUACAGAAAAGUGCCUCAUUGAUGCCGUUUCAGUGGAUAAAAUGUAAAUGAAGCGCCAUCUGGAUGUCUUUUUAUAGGUGGUUGAAAUGAAUUUUGAUGCUUCUGUAGAGGAUAAAAUCAAAAGAAUGGGAGAAUUUUUGAAAACUCUACAGUUGUUGGCAGUUUUUGGAUCCAUUUAUAAUCUUUUAAAUGCUUGACUUACUUUUGCAUUAUAUUGUACUUUGUUUUCUUUACGUUUGUCUCAGUGCUGUUGUUUUUAUUUGUUUGUUUUCUACAUCCUUGGACCAUCAUGACCUGAGAUGACAUGAAAAUGUAGCUAACUCGGGCUCAGGAGUUAUGUCGUGCACAGCCUUUUUCAAAUAAACUAAGAAACUAAAACAAAUUAAACUAGAUUUUAACUAGUUUCUGAAAAGAAAGCAGAAAUGUUAGCUCAGUAAAAAACAUAAUGAUGCGGAGUUAGCGUACUUUCUGUCGAACUCGUUAUAAGCUUCUCGUAACCACUUCAGAGACGGUUUGUUGCUGCUCCUCAGACCGUAAUGGAAAUAAACCAGGAUGUAGUCCAUCUCCACAUACUGGUCCAGCGUGAACUUCAGAUACCUGCAGAUUGAAAAUAUAGACAUUUACUCUUUUAAGAUUGGUUUUGAAGUUAUUUUUUACCAACAUUUAUCACACUUAUGCAACUUCUCAAACACUUACGGUAAUUUGACCUAUCAUGUUGCAGCUUUGCAGAAAUGUAGGUACAGUAGACUGACAAUCAACAUGAAGGCAGUAAGAGCCCUAAAAUAUCAUUUUCUAUCCUGAAAGAAACGAUUUCAGCUUCUGUAUUUCAGCACUUUUCAAAUAAAACCGUCUCAACUUUUGGCUUCAUAUUAAAGGAUAAUCUGGUGACGUACUCCAGCAGGCGCCGGUGGUUCAGCUGGUGAGAUGGAGGCAAACAGCAGCUGCUGAAGACGAUCAAUUUUCUGCCGUAGUUAUCGUCACCUAGAGAGGAAACAGACCAGUUUUAGAUUCAUCUUGAACUUUUCUGCUUCUUCUGCCACAAAAUGCCAUAAACCUUUAUAUACAAACAUUAUCUAAGACUGAAUCAGUCAGACAGUCUGCAAACUCUAAAAAUGCACAAAUGAGGGACUUUUACUGACCGCAGACCUGGAUGAUGCCGUGUCGAGCCACGUCAUAAUAUGGGUGAGCGGGGUCAGUAGUGAUAGUGCUCCUCGGAGGAAGUGAAGGAGCGUCUGUCUGGUCCUCCUUAUCCUCCUCUUCUUCUUUCUUCAGCUCUAACAUUGAAAAAAAGUAAAAAUAUACAACUUUAAAAUGACAUUACGGUGAAAAUGACGAAUACGGUUUUGUUUGGGAGUUUCCACCGUGAGUCAAAUAUUGUAAGGGAAAGAUAAACAUUGAGAGAAAAACGUGAGCUCAGUCACUUAUUCCCGCUCUGAGCCAUCCAGCGUUUUCAACACGAUUUCCUUAUCUGCUGUGUGUCAGUGUUCCUAAAAAUACAGCCCAUCAGAGAGGAAAACCCUGGAGCAGAGCCAGAGGACUGGGUGGAAACUGAUUCAUGCUCUGGUUUCUGCUCUGGGUGUUUAUUCUGCUGCACCGAGGGAAGUUUGUGAUAAACACAAAGUGGGUCUGAUAACAGAGAGGAAAUGAUCUGCACAGGGCGGCUUGAAAAACCGCCCCGUCUGGUUCAGAGGAACCAUCUGAGUGACCGCAAAACAGGAGAGAGACUCAAAUAAAUCUCUGCUAAUUAAAUUUAACGUGAAAUUUCAUUCAAAUAUACGUGUAAACAAGCUUUUCUUUGGGGUGACAAUUAAAAAUCUACAUCAGGAGUCGAAAAAAAUAAGUCUAACAAUCAUCAGGUUUUAAGGUUCCUAUAAAAUCCAGUGAAAAUAACCACCAGAAUAUGAAUAAUGAUGAGUGUAGAAAGCUUCUGGAUUUAAAGAUUUACAGAAUUAAAAGAAUAAAUAAAUAAAUGAGAAAGCUGUAAAAGCUUUUUUUGCAGCAGAUUAAACUCGGUAAGAUCAUUUCUGCAUGUGCAAAGUAAAGGCAAACAAGUAAAUAAAUACAUUUGGAUUAAAAAACAAGUUCUGAAACAGUAAACGGAUCAUUUAAACUCACCUAUUUCUGCCAAACGCUCUAGAUCAGAGGUGGAGGUCAUCGUUGAAGGAUGUCGGUCUGUUUGAAGACAUAAAAAAACAGAAAAACAUGAAUAAAAGUUCAGACUUUAUCAAUCCCUCGUGGAAAAUUGCAGCAUUACAGCAGCUAAAGUCGCAGUCAGAGAAAACAAGACAAACAUUUACUAAGAAUAAAACAUCUUCUACUUGUAUGGAUAAUAUAAAAGUAUAAUAAGAACAUUCAAUGUGCAGAAAUCUUAAUAUCUAAAAUACAUAUAAAAGCGGACAGUCACAGUUACACAAAUGCACGCUUACAUAAACUGAUAAUACUAAAGUUUUUACAACUCUGCAGCAGGACUGAUUUCAUAUUUGUCAUAUUGUUUUUUUCACAUAACUGUGAUAUUUUUGUCUCAGUCUUUUAUUACAAUUUCGCCCGUCUUGUUUUUCAGUCUCUUGUGAGUCAGUGCUGGACAUUUCAGAUGCACAAUAUUGUGAUUUUUGCUUUAAUCUGAUUUCCCCAAAUUUCUGACUCAUUCUGGCCAUUACUGGUACAGAUAUCUAACAGAGUUCAUCAUUAGCCUGGACAGACCUGCAUCUACCACAAGGCUGGUUAUCAAGAAGAACAGAUUCAGUGAUUCUGUUAUUACACUUUUCUACCUUUUGGCUCAUCCCUACUUUAUUUAUUCCGAUUUUUUUCCUUACUUUGUCUCAGCCCUGUUCAGUUUUUAUCCUGUUUUGGAUAUCUUGCUCACAGCUGUAAUGAUAAAACUAGUUGGUGCAUGUCAUUGCAUUGCAGGGCAUAAUGAUCAGCAUACACUUCCUACGUUAUUACAGUAAUUAUGAAUACUUCCUCCAGAGCUGCUUAUGACAUUUAAAGGUAAUUAUUAACUCAUUAACCGGCAGCAUAGACACAUAAUGACUAAAAGCUUCAAAUUAGGACUAAUUCAUACAGUAGAGUUCAGUACCAGAGGGCUAUGUGAGCUAGAAGGUAAAAGCUAACUAUUUUUAGCACCCGAUCAACACCUGAGCUGAUUCACUGGCUCAUUAAAACUACGAUUUUCAACCACACAAGUGCGAAAUACACGGUUAAACAUCAUCUUUUUAACCAUCGACUUGUAAAUUGAUAGUCAAAAAGUUCGUAAAGAGGAUAUGAAUCGAUAGUAAACGCUGAAUCACUCACCUGUCGGCGCAGAUUGAAGCUAACAUUAAUGAAUCCACUUCAUCUGCAGGUAGAAAGUUGAUCCAAACUUCCUCAAACAACCGCCGGCAGGGAGCGCAUGCGCAGCUCAGACUCAGCCCGGGAAGCCUAAAAUGGUAAUUGUCUCAUUUCCGGACAUACUAGCUGAGUAAACAGAAUUAACACCAUUAACUAUUAUGAGGCAAAUACUGUACUUUUAUUUUUAUUCUAAAAGUUUUAUGAUCCUAUUUUAGAGGGGAAAGUUGCAGACAAUUUGAUCAUUUAUAUUAAUUCCCUUAAUCGUCUGGUGUUCACUUUACAACCAGAAAGAAUAUCAGACAGGUAGGGGAGACCGGGGUGAGUUGAGCCACCCCUGUUGCUUGGAAAUGGUAAAAGAAAUUGAUCUUGUGACCAAAUAUUUAGGAGAUGGGCAUCAAGUCAUGGAGUCUGUAAAGAUUAACAUUUUUCACUCUUGAAAGUGAAUUUAAUCUGUCAGUGUUUUAGUGUUUUAGGGUCUAGUAUUUUUUACACACUUCCAACUCAGUUAGUCCAUGCUACACAAACUCAAAACUUCCUUCAAAAACCACUAGUACACUAGUUAGGGACAAAACUAUGAUUGCUUUGAUGAAGUAAUCUGAAAUACGAAAAAUAACUCAUCUUACCCCACUCUUCCCUAUUUAUAGUUUUCUGUGGUGAUUUAGGCUAUUAAAAGAAUCUUUGGUAUCUGUCCUCCUCAGCUAUGUAACUGGUUUAGUCGUCCUGAUCUUCACACCAGUCACCUGUGCCCGAGUUCAGGUGUUGUCAUUCUGACAGCGUCUCACCUGCAGUGACUCGGUUAAAGCUGCAGCUGACUCAGACUGAGUGACAGAUCUGUGAAGUGAAGCGUUCACCUGAAAACCUGCAGACUGUGAGUCUAUCAGCAUCAGCAGCAUAAGCAGCAGAGCUCAGGCUUCAUGGAGGCUUUAACAGGAAGGGAAAGAGGUGAAUCUUCUUUACCUGAACCUGCUGAGACUCAGAGGGGAGGACAAACACAAGAGACUGACUUUAAUAUGGUCUCUAAAAUAAUUUCAUCUCAUGGUGCACACGGUCGUUUCCCCCUCAUCUUACACAUCACAGUGUAUGUCCUUUUUGUUGAUUAUUUUAUGAAAUGUCUCUGUGCUUCACAAACAAUUGUGUUUACUUUUUGGUGAUGAAAUGUUUGUGCAGUUGACCUUCAGGGCCUAGGUACUUAAUUAGUACAGCUGAUUAGAGAAAACAAAUUGAGAAGCACUUUAAAACUCCCAUUAAUGAGGCAUUUUUUUAACUGUUGAUGUUACACUGAUAGAAACACGUAGAGUAUGUUUUUAACUUUUUGGUCAAUAUAGAGCACAGUGUGUUAAAAAAACUGUAUUUUUGUGUUCCUAAUGAAAAAAAAUCUGCAUGAUUAAAAACUAUCAGCAGCAACACUGAUAUAAAGCUGUUUUAAUCUGACUGUCUGAUUACAGUAAUAACAGACCCUGCCAUCAACCAGUGAGUUUUUUAAAUUUAUUUUACAGACCCAGAGAGCUCUAAGAGAGAAAAGUAAAAUUUAGAAGUAAAUUUCUUCGAUCAACUUUUACUUCUGAGAUCAACUUUUGCUCCUGAUAGAAAAUAAAUAAUCUGAAAUUAGAAAAAAAUGCUGUUAUUACUAAAAAUCUGUGUCAGUGUUUCCUGUGAGCUCCCCUCAGCAGAGUGUGUCAGUAAAGUUGUGAAAGCCUGACAUCUGCUGGAGAGUUGGAGCACUGCCGCAGCUCUAAAUUAACAAUAUUUCACACUGAUUUGUUUUGGUUAAAAACAAAUCUACAACUCUGUAAAGCAAAGACGAAACUCUGAUCAUGACUUCAGCUCAUUAAAUCUUUAAAUUAUAGUCUAAUAAGUCUUGCCAUGCCAAUUUGGCUUUAAUUGAGUACAAUUAUUAUUAUUUUUCCCUGAGAUACAGACAAAACUCUUGUGAUGUGGUGCAAUAUCUUCAGGCAAAUGUUUAAGUUUUGUAAAAUGAUUGUUUUUAUCAUCUGCUAUAUGUUUAGGUUUGUGAAAAACAACUUUUUAUUAUCCUUUUCACGCCUUUGUACAGACUCAUCCAUUUGUUGUUUUAUCUUUGUGGGCCCCUCUAACACGAGAGUCCCUUUAUCCGCCAGCCCGAAGCCUUUUCUGUUACCUAAUAUCUUUGCUGUCAGGCGAAUCUCUCAGACAGACAGAGGGUUUUUGGGUUUUUCGGGGGACAAAAUUGGAUUUCGAUUUUAAUACUGAGCUCUGUCAAACUUAAGUCUGGAGCCUCUCCUGUUUCUCGCUUCCUGACGUCUCCUGCCGAGGCGUCGGACUCAGAGAGAAAACCUGGAGGGAAGGAUUUACUCACAAACAAAUUUAUAUGCAAAGCUGGCACAAAACUCUGCGGGGAGAAAUUUCAGAGAAAGAGUCUUUGUCUUUUAGCCUGGAGCUGUCGGCGUUACAGAAACGACCGAACAAAGGGGGAGUUACAUGAGACAGAGGGGACCAGAAAAAAGACAUCAAAAACACUGAAAUCAGAGCUGACAUGAACAAUGUAAUGUCAGAGGGAUUUUCAGUGUUAAUAAAGGAGGCAAUUAAGUGGCAAUUAAGCUGUCUUCAAAGCUGAUCAGGCUGUAACUGAGUUUCUAAAAGUUUGUCAAGCUGCUUCAACCUCUUCUGCUGCUUUUGGGCUUUUCAUCUUUGCACCCUCGAUUAUUUUGUCUCAUUACUUGUCCUCACAACUCACCCUAUUAUCCUGAGUGAGUAAGCAGUGCUUAUUUUAGGAGGUUUUAUGCUUCUUUCACCGUGAUCUUCAGAUGUCAGAUUCUGUGUUGUCUUUGGAGUGCCUCAGGGCUUGACGCCGGGCCCGCUGUUAAUUCUCAUUAACAUGUCAGAGGCAUCAAUCAGGUGGAGGCUUAAUGAUCAGCAUGUCCUAUUACCACUAAAAUACGACAUGACUGAGGUUUGUGUGGCUCAAAAAGACGAUAGCAGAGCUUUUUAUGACCCUGGUAACAAAUCGAUUCAUUGUCUUGAAACAGAUGUAGGGUGCCAUGUUUGAUGAGAAAGCUUUGGACUCUGGACUACCACUGAUACCCUUUCUGUUUUCUCCCAAAGGUCUUUGCUGCUGAUGACAACCAUCUUGAAGCGGAUUUAUCCCAGAGCAAAAAGACCGGACUGUCAAACAGCAACAUUCACUGGAGUUUGUUUUAUCUGCGUUUUAACCCUCCAAGGAAAAUGAAUCUAUCAUUUUGCGAUGAAAUCGAUGGUACAAUCCAGAUUAAUCCACACCCAGUGUUUGUCCUCAGCUCAGUGUUAUGUUUAUUAUGAUAAAGUCUUCAGAGUAAUAGUUUUAGCUUCAAAUCUGCUCUUAUCUGCUCCACCAAAACACACAAACACACACCAGCUGAGUGCGUCUGUGUGCGGUGGAGGAAAACACACCAAAAAAUGGGGUUUGAUACGGUAUUCUGUGAUUAUGCAAAUGAGGAGUGUACAUAGGGAGUACGUGACCCAAAUAUGAAGAGAAUACUGAUGAGCUUAAUCACUGGCAGCAGAUACUUGACACCUCUGCGUGCUGUAUGAGUGAGAAAAUAACUGCAAGAUAGAUUAUAAAUACCCACUAAUCUAAAUAUAGUCAGAGGAAAUGAGAGAUUAACUAAAUAAACUGACUGUCAGCACAGCCCGGGGUGGACUGUAAAUUCAUAAGCACCAAUAUUAGACUGUGAGUUCAAUGAACCUUCAAUUCAACAUGUUUAAGUCAAAUUAUGUAACAAAAGCUCGAUGUUUACCAGUUUGUUUAGACAGAUAUGACAGUGUUGGAAAGAAAAACAUGUUUUCGCUUGAAUCUAGUUUGUCUAACAGCCCUCAUGUUUGUAGUCCAUACUCAUAAUUGGACUACAAAGAUGUACAAAUGUUUAGAGAUGGCUUUAUGUUGGUUUUCUUCAAUGAUUUGUCAGUAUUUAAAUCAGUUUAACAACUUUUUAUUCAAAGAAGAGUCAGAUUGUUGUUGUGAUCUUGUUUUUCCUUUGACUAUCGUUUGUUUUCUUUGGAUCAGAGAGCUGUCGGAAAGGAAACUGAGUGAGUGGGUGAAUGGGAACUGGGGAUCCUGUUCAUUACAAUUUGUUUGCACCAUGCUCUAUAAAUAGAGACAGAGAGGGGUGGGGGUGGAGGUUGGGUGGGGGUCUGUUGAGGGGUUGGGAGGAGAAAAAUAAAACGGAUCAAGCUGAGAGAAUCGUUUCGAGACGCUGUAGGCGACAUUCAGAUGGAAAGAUGGAGAUGUUCGCUUUGCCUCACAUCAUCGACCACAGCUGCAUGAAGCCAGAGAGAUAUCCAUCCAUCCAUCCAUCCAUCUUUGAAAUACCUUAUCCAUCCAUCCAUCCAUCCAUCUUUGAAAUACCUUAUCCAUCCAUCCAUCCAUCCAUCCAUCCAUCUUUGAAAUACCUUAUCCAUCCAUCCAUCCAUCCAUCCAUCUUUGAAUUACCUUAUCCAUCCAUCCAUCCAUCCAUCCAUCCAUCCAAUCAUCCAUCUUUGAAUUACCUUAUCCAUCCAUCCAUCCAUCCAUCUUUGAAUUACCUUAUCCAUCCAUCCAUCCAUCCAUCUCUUUGAAUUACCUUAUCCAUCCAUCCAUCCAUCUUUGAAUUACCUCAUCCAUCCAUCCAUCCAUCCAUCCAUCUUUGAAUUACCUCAUCCAACCAUCUAUCCAUCCAUCCAUCCAUCCAUCCAUCCAUCCAUCUUUGAAUUACCUCAUCCAACCAUCCAUCCAUCCUUCCAUCCAUACAUUCAAUUUAUCCAUCCAUCCAUCCAUUCAUCUUUGAAUUACCUUAUCCAUCCACCCAUCCAUCCAUCCAUCCAUUCACAUUUGCAUUGCACCUUCCAUCCAUCUUUCCAAGGAUCUGACCAUCCAUCCAAAAUUCCAUCUAUUUUUCACACUUUCUCGUCUAUUUUUUAUUCAUUCAUUCAGUAAAUUAUUCUUUCAUCCAUCAUUUAAAUCACCCAUCUCUUCAUUGUUCCAGAAAUUGAAAUAUUCAUCUUUUGUUCAUCCACCUCAAAAGAGAAUCUAUUUUUCAUUGACUAGAUUUUUACACUCAUUAGUUUAAUGAAUGAAGAAUAUUUUGCUAUUUUUCCUCUUAGACAACAUAAUGAUAUUUCAAUCAUUCAUCAUCACAUGUAUUUAAAUACUGUAAAAGCACAGUUAAUGGUCACACAGCUGCUGAGAAAGUCUUUAUUUUAAGGGCCUUUGGAGUCCCCUCGGUCCUCAUACAUUUGAGGUGGGUAAUAAAUUAGAUACAGGUCCCAGUAGACGGUCACUGGCAUGAUUGUGUAAAAGUUCAGUGGCAUUAGAAAAAGGUCAGAAAGUUAAAAAAAAAAUCUAUAAUUUAAACAAGCCUUUUCACACAUGUUCAUGAAAUUAAUAGACCAUAUAAACACUGUGACCUAUAGAGCCUGUCAGACUGAACCAUAAUGAAUCAUUUCAGCCAGAUUUUAGCUGAGAAAAAAACUUUAAUUGAUACUAAUUUGCUUUUGUGUGUGUGAUGUGAAAUCUCUUUUUUCAGUGUGAUUCCUCUGCGUGUGUUUUGGGUGUUAUACUGUAAACCUGCAGGUUCCUGCUCUUAUGCCGUCCUGUGCUGCAGCUCUGCAGCCAGCAGAUGUCAACGUUGCAGCAGACGGUUCCUCUUGUUUCAGGACUGAGGGCUGCAGGCAGCGGCUCCUGCUGAGGUUGAUAAAUCGGAGCCGGGGGGCCUCUGAGCGCCGUGAUAAUCACUGUGCAGAGCUGUUUGGACCGCUGAGCAAAGCUUUAUCUGUUUCCAUCCAGGGCACCAACACAGAGUCCACGUCUGAAAGCUCUGCAGCUCAGUGAGAAACACGAGAGUGCACCAUGAAGACUUAACCCCGAGGACAGAUGUCACCAACAGUGCCUCUUUAAAGGACCACACCGUGUUUAUGCAUGUUUAUGUUGUCAUGUAAACAUUUUCUCUUCAACUUUAAUCACUUUUGGUGCGAUUUCAGAUUCUUAAACAUGUUUUCAGCUGUGAUAGUUGCUCAUGUUCUCCAAACUUAACUGAUUGUCUUCUCAUCUGGUCUUUAAGUCAAAGGUAAACCCUCCACAUAAUGACCUCUCUGUUGUUUACCGCUGACUGUCUCAGUAUCAGGUGUAUCUGAGGUCAGUCCGGCCCGUUCCCUGAUAAUCCAGGAUGCAGUUUACUGUUAAAUGUUAGCAGAGCUCCUGUGACCUCUGUCAGGGUCGAUCAGCUGAGGAGCCCCAUAUUCGGCCCCUCUCCUCCUGCAGCCAAUUUAAAGCUGGGAGCGGUGGCGGCUCCCGGCCCGCCGCGCCGCAUUACCAAGCUUAAUUGAUUUUCCGUUGUAAUCUCAAGGUCCUGAUGACAUUCUGGACGCAGCAACUCGCCGUGGACACGCUCGGUCUCCUGACGCCAAUUAAUGCUAGUUUCUCUGCGGCAUUUGUGUCUGCACCCAGAGGCAGGAGCAGGAGGAGGAGAUUCUCCACACAGGAUAGAGGUUUAGCCUCCAUUUUCAGCACAAAAUGACCCAGUUAGGGUUGAGUUUAAGGGGUAAGCCUCUAGGUUAUCUGAGCUUGGGUGACUUAUAAGACUUAUAAAAUGAACAAUCAACAACUA